AUGGCUGAUAUGAUGGAUGUCGAUGCCGUGGCUGGCACCAAACGCAAGGCAAACGAAGAAAAUGAUGAGCCCGCCCCGCCACGUCGCAUUCAGGCUCUUGACAUCGAUGUGGUGAACAAGAUUGCCGCGGGCGAAAUUAUUGUUGCCCCUGUCAAUGCCCUCAAAGAGCUUCUGGAGAACGCCAUUGACGCGGGCAGCACUGCCUUGGAGGUGCUUGUGAAGGAUGGCGGGCUGAAGCUUCUUCAAAUUACGGACAACGGAUCUGGCAUCCAAAAAGACGACCUUGCCAUCCUUUGUGAGCGUCACACCACCUCAAAGCUUGUCGCCUUUGAAGACCUCACAGCCAUCGCCACCUACGGCUUUCGCGGCGAGGCCCUUGCCAGUAUAAGCCACAUCGCGCACCUGACAGUCACCACCAAAACGAAGGACUCGGCCCUGGCCUGGCGCGCGCACUAUCUGGAUGGCAAGCUCGUGCCUAGCAAGCCGGGGCAGCCAGCAGAGCCCAAGGGCGUCGCCGGCCGCCCCGGGACACAGAUCGCGGUCGAGGACUUGUUCUUCAACGUCCCUACGAGACGUAAGGCCUUUCGUUCGUAUGCGGAAGAAUUCAACAAGAUAAUCGACAUGGUCGGUCGGUACGCCAUCCACUCCGCCGGCGUCGGAUUCACUUGCAAAAAGGCUGGCGAGUCAUCGGCAACUCUUUCGAUACCGGCCGUCGCGUCUGCGGUGGAUCGGGUGCGCCAGAUAUACGGCGGAGGUGUCGCCAACGAGCUGGUGGAAGUCUUCGCCUCGGACGAGCGCUGGGGCUUCAAGGCCAGCGCGCUGGUGACAAACGCCAACUACCACAUCAAGAAGACGACCCUAGUGCUAUUCAUUAACCACCGCGCCGUGGAGUCAAGAAAUGUAAAGAAGGCUGUCGAGCAGGUGUACUCGGCAUUCUUACCCAAGGGCGGACACCCGUUUGUGUACCUGAGCCUUGACAUUGACCCAGCAAGAGUCGAUGUUAAUGUGCAUCCCACCAAGAAUGAGGUGCAUUUCCUCAAUGAAGAUGAAAUCAUCCAGGAUAUCUGCAAUGAGAUUACAGAGGCCCUCACGGCAGUGGACACGAGUCGCACGUUCAAAACCCAGACGCUGAUUCCGGGCGCGCGGCCCUCCGAACGCCCGGCGAAAGAAGGCGAGGGGCCAGUCGACACGGUGCUGGCCGGCGCCAAACGCGUGCGGCGCAAUUCAAACGACCUCGUCCGCACCGACACCUUCGAGCGUAAAAUCACUAGUAUGUUCACGCGCACCGAGUCUAGCGAGGCGGGCGGCGGCAGCAGCAGCCGCCGCGCGGACGAGCCCCUGGCCGUGCCCGAGCCCGUCGACUACGAGACCGUCGACCGCGCGUACGUGUCCUGCGCGCUCAGCAGCGUUAAGCAGCUGCGCGCUGAGGUACGCGCAGCCGCCCACCGCGAGCUGACCGACAUGUUCGCCACGCACACCUUUGUCGGCAUCGUGGACGAGCGCCGGCGGCUGGCCGCCGUGCAGGGCGGCGUCAAGUUGUUCCUCGUCGACUACGGCCACGCCUGCUUCGAGUACCUCUACCAGCUCGGCCUGACCGACUUUGGCAACGUCGGCGCCAUCCGGCUCCGCCCGCCGCUGGACCUCGAGGAGCUGCUGACGCUGGCGGCCACGGAAGAGCGGGCGCUGCUGGGAGACGACGGCGACGGCGCGUUCGAUACAGCCGCGGUGGUCGCGCGCGUCAGGGACCGGCUGGUCGAGAAGCGCCAGAUGCUGCACGAGUACUUCUCGCUCGAGAUCUCGCCAGCCGGCGAGCUCAUGUCGCUGCCGCUGCUGGUGCGCGGGUACACGCCGUCGAUGGGCAAGCUGCCGCGCUUCCUGCUGCGUCUCGGGCCGCACGUCGACUGGAGCGGCGAGCGCGCCUGCUUUGAGACGUUCCUGCGCGAGCUGGCCGCGUUUUACGUCCCGGAGCAGCUCCCGCCAGAGGGAGAAGAAGAAGGAGAAAUGCACCCGGAGCUGCGCAAGAGGAGGCAGCACGUGCGCUGGGCCGUGGAGCACCUCUUCUUCCCGGCGUUCAAGGCGAGGCUGGUGGCGACGCGCUCCCUCAUGGACGGCGGCGUGCUGGAGGUGGCGAGCCUCAAGGGGCUGUAUCGGGUGUUUGAGCGUUGCUGA